AUGAAACAUACUGGUGUGAGCCCGCCCAUCGAUCCCACCACCCAACAAAAACGCCAGAGUUCCACUUCCACCACCGCAGCUACUACGGCACCACCACCACCACCGCGGAUAGAAGCAGUAAACUGCGCAGGGUUGGAUGGAAUGCCAUGGCCAGGGCACACAAUUGACAGAAGGAAGGAAAGAAAAGAACAAGAAGAAUAUGAUGAAGAAUAUUUCAAGCACCACAAGCCGUCGCCUUUGUUUGAAGUGAAGAUGGUUGAUACAAGAAAGUCUAUAACAAGAGCUACUGACGGAACUGUGGAGGAUAGUUAUUAUGAUGUUGAAGGUGGUGGUGGUGGUGUGAUUGUGUGGAGGCCGGAGCAGCUUGAUACGGCCGAGGAGGCAUUAUACAGAGCUCAGAGAUUUGGAGACAGAACGCAAUGA